UCACACGUAGUUACAGAAAUAAACAGGAUUCACGCCUGACACAUUUGAACAUGCUCAAGUUGGUAACUUGUCUCUCUGACGCCUCUUCCAUCCUCCCUUGUUUCCAUCAGGUUUGGUCCACCCCAGGUUCCGUAUCGGUGACCAGGAGUUCGACGCCCUCCCCGCUUUGCUAGAAUUCUACAAAAUCCACUACUUAGACACCACCACUUUGAUAGAACCCAUCAACAAGUCCAAACACACCUCCUUCACCAACGUGGGCCCUGGCGGAGGCCCCCCACCACGCCUGGAAGACGAGUACGUCCGAGCACUUUUCGACUUCCCCGGCAAUGAUGAGGAGGAUCUCCCGUUCAAGAAGGGUGACAUCCUCCGCGUUCUCGAGAAGCCAGAGGAGCAGUGGUGGAAUGCCCAGAACUCAGAGGGCCGAGCGGGGAUGAUCCCAGUGCCGUACGUUGAGAAGUACCGACCGGCGUCUCCCAAUUCGGUGGCCGGGCCUGGCGUGCCGCCGGGAGGGAUGGGGAUUCUAGGGAACUCUGACGGCUCCACGGCUCAGUCCGGCACUCCGCUUCUGGGAGACCCCAGCCAGUACGCCCAGCCCACCCCUCUCCCAAACCUCCAGAAUGGACCUGUGUAUGCCAGGGCCAUACAGAAGAGGGUGCCCAACGCUUACGACAAGACAGCCCUGGCUUUAGAGGUGGGCGAUAUGGUGAAGGUGACCAAAAUUAAUAUAAAUGGCCAGUGGGAGGGGGAAUGUAAAGGCAAGCGUGGCCACUUUCCCUUCACUCAUGUCAAUCUGCUGGACCAGCACAAUGCCGAGGAUGAACUCAGCUGAGAACGGACAGCAGGGCUGCGACCUGGACACUAGUAUUCAACACUUUCUCACCCCUCCCCUCUCUCCUUAACUUCCUUCUCCACACACUCACCUGCUCCCUCCUCCCCCACGUCUGCUCCAGCUCUUACCUGCACCAAGUACAAUUUCCGAGGAAUCAUGGAGAACAGAAAUAAACCGACCCGUGUUGGUCACUUGUUAUACACACAUCCUCCAGUUCUACCCCUCAGAUUAAUCAUACCUGCCGUCCUCCACUGCCUGCUCUGACUGACUGACUUCAGAAUGGGUCAUAUACUCCACAGUGGAAACGGAAGAUAAACUGCGUCUCCUGCUCUGCGGGUAUGGCAACACUGUUAAGAUCCUCCCCUCAUCACGUCCCUGUCGUGGACGCAUUAUCAACACUCACUCCUCAGGAGACCUGUCGCCACAGAAUUCAGCCACUUCCUCUUCCUGUGUUGGAGCCAGUAGAUAAUGACACUCGGCACUGUGUCAUUUUUCAUCCUCAUCCGUCACCAUGUUUACGCCGCUGUAGGAUCACUCAUGCUGUAAUCAUUUCACUUGGGAAUACAGAAACAAGUUAAAGAGUAACAACACAUUUCCAUGUGUUUUCGUCUGGUUUGAAGCUGUUAUGCAACCAUUAUUAAUUUUUUUACACAUUGUUAAAGGAAUAGAUUGACAGAUUGUGAAGCUCAUUUGCUUUCUUGAGUUAGAAGAGAUACCUCCUGCCUGGACAGGGAAUAUCAAGAUAAUAAUGUAAGCUUAGCUUGAAGACUCGGAAGUAGGAGGAAAUGGCUUGUUGAGCGAAUCCACCAAUCAGCAAGUUAUAUUCUGUUUGUUUACACCAAACAAACUACAGAGUAUAUUCAGGCAAUUCAGUUUGACAAGUGUUUUGUACCUACUUGUCGGCUGGGAGCAGUUGUCAGGCAACCAGCAGAGAGUAAGUCACUCCACUUGGUGAAGAAAGAAAUAGUGUAAAACAUCAAAUUGUUAUUGUCUCUUGCUGAAACAUGGCAGAUCCUUUUACCUUUGGAGGGAGCCAGGCUUCCCGCUUCCCCCCAGUUUCAGUCUUUAUGCUAAGCUAACCGGCCGCUGUUAACGUGCAGACAAGACAGUGGUAUCAAUCUUCCAUCUAACUCUUAAAUAGAAAGUAAAAAACAAAAGGUGCAUUUUCCAAAAAGUCCAGCCUUUCUUUUUAAAUCUGAUCUGUUUGUAGUGAGCAAAUAUAACUUGCAAUGACACACCACACAGGAUGCAGUUACUCACUCAAACCUGCUAUGGCAGUGUUAUUUUGUUUUUCUACAGUUGCGCCUCAUUUUUCCAGACUGGUAUUUCCUUAGUGGUAAUAUCUUCAUUCAGGAAAUGAAAGAAAUAGGGGGUGACUGCUUUUGAAGGUAUUUGUAGGAGGUAACACCUAAUAUUUAAGUUCCAAAACCUGGACAGACGUGUUCCCAGCUCACCGAAGCUGAAGGGAAUGGUGUUUUGUAGUUUAAAAAAAAAAAAAGCAAUGCAUCAACUUUUGUUUUAAUUGGACGUGAAUGCUUCAUUACUUUUGGUUUAAUCCAAGACUGUGAGCGACACACGCAGGUAGACUCAAAUGACUGGACAAUUUGUCACUUGGGAUAAUUAACAAGGAGAGACAUGGUGUCUCAAGAAAGAGCGGAAAAAGUUAGUCACCUUGAAGGGAACAGUUCUCAAGAAGCAGUGAAUUUAUAGGAAAUGUUUGUUGAGGUGGAGAUGAAGGCAACACUACACUCACCCUUUCUCUUCAGCUCUCUGCUCACCCCGUGCACCCAUCACCUACAACCACCAAGUAGUCUUUUUGUAAGAAAAAAGUACAUAUUGCUAUGAAAUGAUGAACUGUGUGAUUGUCAUUACAUGCUAAAAAAUAUUUGUAUUAUUAUUUUGUAGUUUUCUUUAUGGCUGGGUUCGACUGCAAGAAAUGGGUUUCAAUGUACAAUUUACAAGGGAGUGAUUGGCUGCUGGUGCAAAAUAGAUCAACUGACUGGGUGGGGAAGGGUGGGCACAUUUGUUUGCCCCCAGCCAUCGCAAUACCCCUUGUUCCAGUUCUGCAUCUGAUGUGCAUGAAUGAAGUUGAACAGAGUGAACGUAGGCUUUCCACCACGUUAGUUAUUAAUGUCUUCUUUAUCUUAGUGCUCUCCAUUCAGCUCACUGAGUAUUACCUUAGAAAAACAGACUGCUCUGUGUUCAGAUCUUGUCAAAUGUGUUGAAGAAAAGAACGUGGUGUUAUUUGGUACCUGCCCUUUGUUUUUAACCUCUUCAUAAUCCCGCUGCCACCCUGCACUAUUCUGUUCUUUUAAAACCUCAGGCUUAUGAGCCUGUGUUUUUCCUUGUGCUUUCUCACUUUUUUUUAAUCCUCUGCCCCUUCUUUUAUUUAAAGCCUCUACGAUGCACAUGCCAACGUGGACUUUUCCUUUCACUGUUUUCUCACUACCCUCUGCCAUUUUUGUAUCGCCGAGAGAUCAGGCAAAUCUUAUAGUACAGACUGCCCUUCUUCUCAAAGGGUUUGAAUUCUGUUGAGGUUGAAUCAAUCUACUUUUUGACACCUGACAAUCAUCACCCACAUUUAUCAUAAUGCAUAAACUGGUUUGGAUUGAAGCAGGCUGGAUGUACAGCUCAGACAUUUGCUUGAGGGAAGCAGCUCCACUUUGAAUUAGAUCAGUGAAAACUUGCUGUCUCUUUCAACUGACGGUUUCUCUCAGAUGUCAUGGUUCAGUAUCUUUGGCCAGCACAGCUUGUCACCUUUAGGUGGCACUGUGGCAACAUUCAGAAAGAUGGGAUCCUUCUGGAAACCAUAUUCUGCCAGUGCUUAUGAGAUUUAAGAAUUUUUAACAAAAUGCACUUAACUGCUUUUAUGCUGACUUUGCAUUGACUCUAUUCUCUCCUUUUUAUGGUUUUCAAUCCUCCCUGAAUGCUCCCACACAUAAGUUUCCCUGACCUUAAAGCUCUGCCUGACAAACUGUCGUGCUUUAAAUUUGUAUUUUCAAGUUGGCCAUAUUCCACACACCCGUGUUAAAAGAUUUCUGGUUUGAAAUAUUUGGCUGAUUUCUUGGAAAACGUCUGUGGUCUAGGAAAGUAACAUUUGUGUUUGCUGCCAGUUUUUUUUGUUUGU